AUGCAUAAUGUGUAUAAAAUAUUUCGACAAGGCCAGAAAAGGACAUAUAUGACAACUGCACUAGAUAGAAAAAUAAGGGAAGUUCCUUAUCUUUCUCGUUAUGUUAUAUUAGAAAAGUUUAAAAAAAAACCUCGAUACAUGUCUGAAUGUGUCGGAACUCCAAGGAGAGCUUAUGAUUACAAUACAUUUGAUAAGAUAAGAUAUAAACCAACAUUCAAUCCUUAUGUUCACUUGAAUAAAGAUAAAAAAUAUAGACUGGAUAAUUGGAAGUCCAGGGAUCAUGAUAAUUUUGAUCCUUUAAAAUGUUAUGUAAGAGGAAGUAGAAAAAGUUAUGACAUUCCUUAUGCAAUUUUACCAGCCAAGGAUGAAUUGGGAAUGUUCCACCCUCCCGUCUUAUCUGGUCGUUAUAAGGCAGAUAUAGAAAAACAGUACUAUAUGCACGAUCUUCCUUGGGUAUGGCAUAAAAAUUUCUAUACUGGUACUAACCAUUUCUGUGAUAACAUGGUGAUAGGAAAAAAAAAGUGGUAUAGAAAGGAACAGCAAAAUGAAAAAAUGAAAGAAUGUAUGAAGAAAAUAAAUAACUUGGUUUUAGAAUAUAGAGAGGAAUGCAAAAACAAGAAAAGAUAUAAUUUUCUGGAAAAAGUAGUAAACACCCUAGGAGAUGAAAUUGCACAUAAAUAUAUAAGAAAAAUAAAAAAUAUUUAUUUAUAA